GUCUAUUCCAAAAUUUGUUGAUCGGUCAAUAUAAUUUUCUAACACGUCUCAACUUGCAAAAAAAUAAACAAAAAUAUUUCAGUGAUAUUCAGAUUUGCAAUAAUUUUUCGAGUGCCUGGUCGCAAAGAGAGAAAUGACAGCAUUGUAUGAAGAUGUAUUAAUAAUAGAUAUAAGCAAAAAUAAUAUAAACUUGAUAAUUUGGGUUACAAUUAAAACGUUAUAGCAGUGUUUAGAGUUGAACGAGAAUUUCCAGGGAUUCGUUUACUGCACGGCGUUUAUACUGUACAUCUAUUGUGGAGUGAUAAGAUUUGUUUACGAAGAAAGUGUACCAAGUUCACCAUGUGUGAUGCUGAGGACAUAUUCACCUGUCAAGUAUGUUUUGAAGAGUACACUCCUGGCAGGCAACCUAAACUCUUGCCAUGUCACCAUUCUUUCUGCAUAGAGUGUAUCCAGAACCUAACAAGCAGAGGGAGCAAAGUGAAUUGCCCUGUAUGUCGAAAAGCACAUAAUCUAUGCUCAGAAGAUAUCAAGAACCUCCAGACGAACUUUUAUAUCAUGAGCCAGUUACCAGAUAGCUCAUCUAGUUCCUCCAAGAAAGGUGUUUCUGGUGAGAGAAUGAGAAAACAGGAAUGCGGAAUACAUCCCGGGGUGUUACUUGUAGAUUUCUGUGAGGAAUGCACAAGGUCUGUUUGUGCAACAUGUGAGACGCUUUACUGUCGAAAACUCAACCACAACUUUCAACCAAUCGCAACAGCCCACAAGAUGACACUCAGAAACAUUGACAAGAAAAUCGCUAGCAUCGACAAUGCGCUGAAAGAUAACAUUGAUGCAUUAUCACACAUUAAUCGUACAAUUGAGAAAGUUGAUGCUAGUGUUGUCAUGGCAACUGAUGACAUAAAACAAAGGGUGGAUUCUAUUGUGAGUGAAAUUCAUAGUAAGGAAACUGAAAUUUUGGACAGUGUCAAAACUCGAAGAGGGAUUGUUAUUAAUGAUUUUGAUGCUCGUAAAGUAGAGCUUCAAAAAUUGCGUCUAGCCUUAGAGACCUGUAAAUCGCUAUGUGAUGCUGUGAAGUCACUAGAGAGUGUUGAUGAGAUAAUGUCAAAGUGGAAAGAGGCGGAGCUUAGAGUUCUCACUAUUCUAGGUCAAUCCAGAGUUCAGGGCCAGGUUGAUUCUUAUACAAACCCAAACAUGGAUAUGUCAGAUUUAAUAGAACAAUUAGAGCCCAUAGAGAGCACUUUGAAAAUGAGGCCAGCAACCCAGAUAAAACCAAAGCAACAACAGAGAGAAUUCAACCAUCUAGAGACAGUUGCCAUGGAGACCAUUCUGGAAACAAACAAUAUCCCAAACAGUUUAAUCCCUCAAAUUGAAUCUGAACUGAGUUCUCCACAACCUGAUUCCCGACUUAUCUUCCAGAUGUUGCACGAAAUGGAUGGCUAUCUCACAUACGACCAAUUUACUCAUCUGACACACCUCUGUGAUGUUCGGGGUCUGAAUCGAAACUUUUGGCGAGAAUUUUUUGGUUGUUUUGUGAUCACAAACUGGGAGCAGGAUAGAAAGAAUAUGUCCCUGAAUACCAUGAAAGGGUUAGAUGAGACUGCGGUUGAUAUCAGGAGAAAGCUAGAUGAGAACAAGGUCAAGUUUGCUGAGAGCUAUGUGGAAUAUGUCUCUAAAUAUAGAGAGUUGUAACAUCCCAAUAUUCGGUACCCCAUGAGUUUUCCAAGUGGGUGAAAAUAACUCCAUCAAACUCAUGAGUUUCUCAUGUUAAAGUGAUAGCAUGCAUUACAAUUUCAAGUGGAUGCAACACCCUCCUAUUUAAACACGAGGGAAAUCUAUGCUGCUGAAAGACAUGUUAGGUCAAUCUGAUCAUUUGACCAUUUUGUCUCUCUGACUUGUACUGAUGUUUUACAGUUUGUCUGACUUCAUUAUUUAAUCUUCUCAUUAAAUGGGCCAGUUAAAAAUGAUAUAUGAGAGAAUAUAUAAUGUUACAUCUUGCUUCGAGACCCCCCUCCCCUACUUCAACAACUGUUGUUGUAGUAAAUAAGGGGGUAAGGGUCUUGAAGCAAGACUAAUA